CCGCACUAUGCCUUUUCCUGGAUGCUACGAAAACAAUAUAAGGGAGGGUUGAACCGUGUAACAGACCGCCUCAUAUAAACAAGUAACUGUUAUGUCUAUUGUGACUGUUCAACAGACAUAGGUAAACGAAAUCUGUCGUUCUACUACGACCGUUUUGAAAACUAGCUAGCUAGUCUUUGUAAUAGCCAAAUAAUCAAUUGAAAUGGAGCGGUGGAAAGGCAGAGUAGCUCUCGUGACUGGAGCCUCGGUCGGGAUUGGAGCGGCUGUUGCACGGGCACUUGUCCAACACGGCAUGAAGGUUGUGGGAUGUGCCAGGAAUGUUGACAAGAUAGAGAAGCUGGCAGCAGAGUGCCAGAGUGCGGGCUACAGCGGUACGCUGAUCCCCUAUAAGUGUGACCUGUCCUGUGAGGAGGACAUCCUGUCCAUGUUCUCUGCCAUCAAGACGCUGCACCAGGGGGUGGACGUGUGUAUCAACAAUGCAGGCCUGGCCCACAAUGAACCCCUGCUCAGUGGCAAGACAGACAGCUGGAGGAACAUGAUCGACGUGAAUGUCCUGGCCUUGUCUAUUUGUACACGUGAGGCCUACCAGUCAAUGAAAGAGCGGAAUGUGGACGAUGGCCACAUCAUCAAUAUUAACAGUAUGGGGGGACAUAGAAUGGUACCUAGUGCAGAUGAACAUUUCUACUGUGCCACAAAAUAUGCUGUGACUGCUCUAACCGAGGGGCUGCGGCAAGAGCUAUGGGAAGCAAAGACCCACAUCAGAGCCACGUGUAUAUCCCCUGGAAUAGUGGAGACUGAGUUUGCCUUCCGGCACCACAACAGCGAUCCAGAGAAAGCAGCUGCUGUGUAUGAGAGUAUAAAAUGUUUGAAAGCACAAGACAUAGCCAGUGCAGUCACAUACGUUCUGGGAGCCCCACCUCAUGUCCAGAUCGGAGAUGUGCAGAUGAGGCCGGUGGAACAAAUGUCAUAGCAACAGAGCAGGAAGUUAAGCAACUGGAGGAGCCGAUAGAGCCAGGCAGCAAGCGCCAUUGUGACGACUUCUUAGCGACCUCUGCUGGGCAACGACAAAAACAAACAAACUAGUGUUCAACUGGAUUUGGACUGAAGGAAUCGGUUUGAGGAGGUGAGGAGGAGGCUGUGUGUGGUGGAGUAAUAUCUGGUCUGGAGAUGAGAGGAUGGGCAGGUACUCUUAACCACUACUGAAUUACUGUGAGUGCUGCUACAACAUGGGUUUUGGUGUAUUGCUCUGGCAGCCUUGUUUCAAAAUGAAGCCACAUCAAACUUAGGAGAAGAAAAGAGGGUUGUUGCUCCUGUGCUUAUGUGAGUCAUCUAUUCUACAUGACCAGACAGACAGACAGACCGACCGACCGGACGGACGGACGAGUAUGCCAUCAAUUGCACAUAAAAAAAAAAUGUAGGUCAUAUUACAUAUAUGUUUAAAAUGAUGGAACAAAACACUGCUAUUUGUAUUAUUUUUUAUAUAAAUAUUUUAACUUUGAUUAUUGGUAGAUUUGGAUAAUAUGCUGUACCCUCUAACCAUAGACGCUCGAUCCAUUUUUACUAUUUUGACAUGUUUUUAAUAACAAGCAGAUUUGGUUAGCCUGUUAUGUAUCAAGUAAGUCCCACUUGUACGUUUUUCAAAACCUAUGCCAACCAUCACCAAUCAACAAAUGUGUAUAAGGGACAGUCAAGCAUGAUUACGCAACCAUCACUUUGGACCAAGUGUAUUUCCCCACUCCAUAAAUCAACCAUAUGAGAUAGGCCUAGAUUCAAUCAGAUCAAUUGUUAAGCGGCAAUAGCCGACAUGUGCAUAGGUGAUGUUUUGGGGGUGUUGGAGGUGUAACUGCGUUGGAGUUGUCAAAAUCGGUGAGCAGCUGCUCUUUAUUAUUGUCACGAAGCCACACCUGCCGGGAGAUGCUUGUGGAUUUGACAGCUCUAACACAGGUCCACCUCCGACACUUUCAAAACAUAAGUUUUACAGAUGUCAGCUAAAGCGGAUUUGAUUGAAUAAGGCCCUUAAAUUGUUUUGCACCAUAGAGAUAGAUAGAGGACUCAUCUUUGUAUCUGUGAUAGCAUGGGCCACGCCACUGAGGCUUAGUAAAUUCUCUUCUUCAUGAUUGGCUGAUCCCUCCUGAUGACCCGGUUGGACAUGACUCCAACAGGGUCACCAGGAGGAAUCAGCCAAUGAAGUUGGAAGUCCCACACAUUUGACGACAUUAAAAUGGUGGAAGGCCUCAAUGGCGCUGCCCAUGCUAAUAUGACCUUUUGGCCACUAGAGGCCUUUGUCAUUCUCUAUGUUUUGACUUUGGAUCCAUUUGGAGGAGCAUAAAGAAAACACUGGCAUCUUGUCUCGAGGAAGUUACUAACUCAUGAGUGCACAUGUAUACUUUCCCCCAAGUGUGUACUUGUAUGAUACAGUAGAUAUUUCUCAAUAAAAUGAAAUAAGAAUUGUCAAAGGUG